GUGCGAGAGAGACGGCGAUAGAUAGGAGGGAAACGAGUAGAAAGAGACGGAGAGACAAAGCACAGUGUUAUCGAACAGUCGCAUCGUGUCGACGGGCCGUUGUCGCGCUCGGCGUUCACGAGCAAUCCGCCUGGAUAUCUCUCUCUCGCGCGGCACGUAGGAGCAUGGCGAAGGGGUGGACGCACUCCCACGGCCGCCCUGCGACAACGACGACGACGACGGCGACGACGUCGACGACGAUGACGCCACCACGAGUCGACGGAGCGCCUUCGGACAUGGACGUCUCGCUCUACCUCUAUCAGGAUUAGUUCAGCCUGGGGAAACGAUGGCGAUGCGAGGCGCUCUGACAGGCAUGCUGCUUCGGUGCAACAAGGUCGUCGCUCGAUGUUCGGGGAAAAUUGUGGGUCGCUACUACGCAACCAGUGUGAAACCCGAAUUAACGUCGGUCAGGUACAAAAUGCAACGCGGGUCCUACGCCAUGGUCACGGACGCGGACGUUCGCUUCUUCGACUCGUUGCUCGGCCCUAAUCGCCUCAUCACGGACCCAGAUGAAUGCGAGAGCUAUAACAUCGAUUUUCCAAGGACCGUCAGGGGUGCCAGUCGGCUGGUGUUGAAACCGAAAUCCACCGAGGAGAUGUCGGCCGUAUUAAAAUAUUGCAACGAAAAACGAUUAGCAGUUUGCCCGCAAAGUGGUAACACUGGUCUCGUUGGCGGCAGCAAUCCAGUGUUUGACGAAAUUGUCAUCUCGAUGCAGCUCAUGAAUAGAAUUCUGGACACGAACGAAUUGGCGGGUGUACUGACAUGCGAGGCUGGCUGCGUUUUACAGGACCUGGAAAAUCACUUGGCUACCGUCGGUCUGAUGAUGCCGUUGGAUCUUGGAGCUAAAGGUAGCUGCAUGAUUGGCGGGUGUGUGUCCACAAAUGCAGGAGGACUGCGACUUUUGCGCUAUGGUAAUCUCCACGGAAACGUCUUGGGAGUCGAAGCUGUAAAGGCAAACGGUGAUAUCGUGAACGCGAUGAGUACGUUAAAGAAAAAUAAUACCGGUUAUCACUUGAAACAUCUUUUCAUUGGGUCUGAGGGCACGUUGGGAAUUGUUACGAAGGUAGCAAUACAGUGUCCACCGUUGCCAAAGGCCGUGAAUGUCGCCUUUCUAGGAUUGGCGAACUUUGAUAACGUGUUGAAAACGUAUCAUCUGGCGAAACGCCAACUAGGUGAGAUUCUGUCUUCCUGCGAGAUGAUGGAUCGACUAUCUCUGGACGUCGCCAUCAACAACCUAGGGAUGAAGAAUCCGUUGACGAGUUGUGAGGAUGGUCACGAGUUUUAUAUGCUUAUCGAAACCUCCGGUAGUCACCUGGCUCAUGACGAAGAGAAACUAUCCUUGUUCGUGGAAAAAGCGAUUAAUAAUGCCUUCAUUGAGGAUGGCACUUUGACCAACGAAACAACCAAAUUUAACAACAUAUGGGCUCUCCGAGAGAGAAUUAGUGAAGGUGUCUUACGCGACGGUUAUGUCUUCAAAUACGACAUCUCUCUACCUCUCUUAUCUUUUUAUGAGGUCGUCGAGGUGCUUCGCAAACGAAUACGGGACCCACGUAUCGUUAGGAUCAGCGGUUAUGGUCAUUUAGGCGACGGCAACAUUCACGUGCAAGUCUCCAUACCGGAGUAUUAUGAAGAUGUGGCCGCGCAAUUGGAGCCAUUCAUUUUCGAAUACGUGUCGCAGCGCCAGGGUAGCAUCAGUGCUGAACACGGCAUCGGUUUCAAGAAGACCAAAUAUCUCCAUCUGAACAGAAGCCCUUCCGAGAUCGAGUUAAUGCACGGCCUGAAGAAAAUGAUGGAUCCCAAUGGCAUCCUGAAUCCGUAUAAAGUUUUAAAGCCGGUUACAGGACAGUUGUGAUCAUCGUAAAGACAGUUCGCAAGCAAAAACGGUGUAUAAAUAUUCUUUGUGCCAUUUAAACGAAAUUGAUGAGAGGUCAAGUAAAGUCGCGCGAUUAUCUAAAAAUGAUUAUCACCGUGGAAUGUGUUUAAGGAAAUGCCGAGAUAUCGUAAUGUGCGCUAUUAAUACGACAGCAUUCGGCGUUGCAUGUACACCGACUUUGCACGCGAGGUUCUAUAUGCUUUUUUUCUUGGCUGUUUUCCACCUGCCGAUAAAGGUAGAUGAAACGAUUCGGUGACUAACGCCUCACUCGAAAUAGAUGCGCGGCAUAAUUGGUAACAGCUAUGAGAAAUAUCAAAACAGUAUGUCUUUACAAGUAGAAUGUGCUAGAUAAAGCUUAUAUCUAUUGUUAUCUAAUUUUUAAAGAUAGUGAUGUGAUGUAAACGUGUACCUGAUAAGAGCAGAAGCGAGCGAUAGUUAACCGGGAAUCGAAUGUCAAAGAAAUGCCACGAUAUUUCUUCUGUUGCAUACACUUGCCUGCAUUUAAUGUAGCCAUACAUGAAAUGAGACAUUUAUACUGUUUUAUAGUAAUUCUAUAUUAAUUCUGUAGCAUUAUGGCGCGCGUCUUCUACGUGUCCGCAGUGUGCUCGAGCCUAAGGGCCGUCUUAGCGCGAGCAUAAUCAUAUAGAAUUGUAUUUUUACAAUUUUAUUUUAUUUUUUUUAUAGAAGAAAUGAAUGGAAUAAAUCUACAAUAAAGAUUUUAUUUUUGGAACUGGUA